AUGAGCAGAAAAGCUGAGAUUCCUUUGACAGUUGACUUGGGGCGGUACCUGGGAGUGGGGGCCAUCCACGGGCGGGUCACUAGAGAUCGAUAUAAAGACCUCAUCCUCAGGAUUCAGAAGAAGCUUGCCCCUUGGAAGGCAAAACAGCUCUCUAUGGCGGCUCGGAUCACGGUGGUUAAGUCGGUAUCUUCCUCAAUCCCUAUCUACCCGAUGCAUAUAGAACUUGUUCCUGUUAAUGUAUGCAGGAGCUUGGACAAGAUCAACCGGGACUUCAUAUGGGGCGAAUCCGACGAGAAGAAGAGGAUGCACUUAGUCGCUUGGCCCAAGCUCACUCAGCCACGACUCUCAGGUGGCCUGGGCAUCCGUCCCGCUAGACCAGUCAACCUGUCCAUGCUCGCCAAGGGGGGAUGGCGAAUAAUCAACGACCGCGACAGCCUGUGGUGCCAAGUGAUGCGCGACAAGUACGACAAGAAUAAAGAGCAUCUUGAGAUCCUACAGCGGUGA